AUGGUGAAAUGUGUACAAGAACCUUUUGCUCGUAGUAAAGCUCUGGUUAAAUCAUUGUCUCCAUUGUGGGAAGAGGGGUUAUUUAUAGUCCGGUGCUCUAUUUUCUGUGCUGUGAUAUCUGGGGUGUGCUUGUUGGUAUGGUAUGGGCAGUCGAAAGCCAAAAGUUAUGUUGAAGCCAAGCUUCUGCCUUCUGUAUGUUUGACACUAAGUGAUUAUAUACAACGUGAACUUGAUUUUGGCAAAGUUCGAAGUAUUUCACCUUUAAGCAUUACCUUGGAAUCGUGCUCAAUUGGGCCUCAUAAGGAAGAGUUUUCCUGCGGGGAGGUCCCCACAGUUAAACUACGGGUUCUUCCGUUUGCGAGUCUAAGGAGGGGAAAGAUUGUGAUUGAUGCUGUUUUGUCUAAUCCAACUUUGUUGAUUGCUCAAAAAAAGAAUUAUACUUGGUUAGGAAUACCCUUCACCGAUGGCAUUGCACAGAGGCACUUGUCAACUGAAGAAGGAAUUGAUUAUCGGACGAAAACUAGGAGAACUUCUAGAGAGAAAGCAGCUGCUCACUUUGUCCAAGAGAGAGAUGAUGCAGCUAGGAAAGCUGCAGACAAGGGUUAUGUUGUUGCUGAUGGAGGUUCCAUUCCAUUUGGGGUUGAUGUUCUGAAGGAGAAUGCAAGCCCUCCGAUGAGGUUAGUAACCUCAGAGCCUUUCUUUUGCAUGGAUGAGAAACUGCACUGGCGAGAUCAUCACUGCAUGGAUGCAGGUGUGGAGUAUGACUUAAAACAUGCAGAUUUAGAGAAAUCGUUUGGCGUAAGGAUUCCAGGCUCUGGAUUUAAAUUUUUGUCUGGAUUUAUACCGGGCCCCCUAAGGCAUAAAUUUAAAAGGAAGCCUAAUGGGCGAGAUAUAUCCAGAGCUGGUAUUACAGCUAAGAGAAGAAUUCUUGAGCGUAGUGCAUCAGCAGCUUGUGCGUACUUCCGUGGUCCGUCUCCUGGGAUAGGGGAUCAUAUUCAGUCAUCUGGAGGUUCUGAAGUUUUGAAUCUUGAGACUCUUCUUGUGAGAGGUGAGAGUAAUCCUACUGCCUCUGUUUCUGCAGUUGCUAGCUAUGACGAAGAUAUGGGAGCUGAUGAUCAGGAUGGGCCACAUAAUCUUGGUGAGGGCGACAAUUGUAAGAAUGGAGAGUUUGAAGCUGCAGUCGAUUAUUCAACUAGUAAGGGAAUGUCAGACCCGGGGAACAACAUGGGUAAUGAUCUUGAAGGUGGAGAAAAUUCAGGAAUCCAACUUUUUCCUGAGGGGAAACAUUCUAGUUAUCAUGUUAGUAGUUUCAGUUGUAUUCGUGAUCCCUUUCUUUUCACUCUAUGUAGACUAAGUGCAGUUAGAAAUUCCAGGGAAAGAUUUUCCUUUGGAAGUGGUGUUGUGGGAGCUGCAAAAACCAACAGUUGUGAUGUAAAUAUUGAAUAUUUAGGAGUUGAUACAGGUGUUGAUUCCAGAGGUGUAUCCAGCAGAGUGGGAGGGGAGAUGCAAGAGUCUUGUUGUAAUACAUCAGUUAGUCAAGGAGGUCAUGCGUCUGAAGAUUCCAAAUUCUUGAAGCUUGACUGUUCAUCUGCACUUGAUCACUCAAAAUAUACUGGGUCCUUGAGCCUCAAAUCAGGUUUAUCUUUUUUGCAUAGAAGCAUGGGAGAACUGUGGUCUUAUCUACUUGCUGGUCCUGUUCAAAGGCUGAAGUCAGAUAUGGGUUCAAAAGUUGAAGAUAUCGUCACAGAACUCGUUGAUGGGCUAGACGAAGAGCAGACUUUGGGCAUUGAGAAAAUGCUUCCAGUUACUCUUGAUACUGUCCAUUUCAAAGGCGGAACAUUGAUGCUACUAGCAUAUGGUGAUACGGAGCCUAGAGAGAUGGAGAAUGCCAAUGGACAUGUAAAGUUUCAAAAUCACUAUGGGCGUGUGUAUGUCCAGCUGAGUGGCAGCUGUAAGAUGUGGGGAUCAGAUGUGGCAUCUGAAGAUGGUGGCUGGUUGUCAUCAGAUGUUUUUGUUGAUAUUAUGGAGCAGAAAUGGCAUGCCAAUUUGAAAGUAGUGAAUCUCUUUGCUCCGCUUUUUGAAAGGAUUUUAGAAAUUCCAAUCAUGUGGUCUAAAGGGAGAGCCAGUGGUGAGGUUCACAUAUGCAUGUCAAGAGGAGAGACUUUUCCUAAUCUUCAUGGACAGCUUGAUGUGACAGGGUUGGCUUUUCAAAUAUUUGAUGCUCCAUCAUGGUUUUCUGUAUGUUCUAGUUUCAUUUUUUGAAAUUGUGCCAUGCUUGUGUCUUCUCUCUCCCCAAAAAUCUAUCUUCUACUGUAUCUAUUAGUACCACAUUAUUGAUGGCUAUGCAAG